AUAUUAUUUAUUUUUUCCAUUAUAUGCAUUCUUUUUUGGAUUGGAGUGUGGCUCAUUCUAUCUUGGUUUGUUGUAGUAUUUUAUUGUAUUGUGACUUGGAUGUUUUAGUCGUACACGCCAAGAAAGCAACUCCAGUACAAUAUAGAUCUUCUGAAAUGUAAUACACUUCAAUGAAAUGCUGUUGAUACAGUAAUAGGGUGUAUAACCUUGAAUAGUCCAACACUAUUUUUCUUAGAUGGACCUGGAGGAACAGGGAAAACCUUUAUUAAAAACCUUCUAUUGAGUGCUUUUCAUGCAGAAGGACAUAUUGCAAUAGCAGUUGCAUCAGGUGGCAUUGCAGCAACUCUAUUGAAUUCAGGGAAAACUGCUCAUUCAACUUUAAAAAUUCCUAUAAGCAUUGAUAAGGAUUCCUAUUGUAACAUCCUGAAAAAUUCACAAUUGGUACAUCAAAUUCAGCAAGCAAAGAUACUUAUCUGGGAUGAAGCACCAAUAUAACACCACUAUGCAUUUGAGGCAGUUGACAGAACUUUACAGAAUAUUUGGAACUCCCCCUUUCAGGCAUUUGGUAGCCUAACUAUACUGUUUGCAGGAGAUUUCAGGCAGUGCUUACCUGUAGUACCUUGAGGGUCA